ACAGUUUACUUUCACUCUCACAGCCUCAGGAAAUAAAAUAUCAGAAGUAGGCUGGACUAUGAACCACGCAAUGUUUUGGCAUAUAUAAUUUGAAUGUACUUUUAUUAUCUGAACAAACAAACGAAUGAGCAAAUAUGCCCAAACUAACGCUCAUCGGAUUGUACUUUUGGAUUUGUCUGGCGCAAAAGGUGGUUUCCGGAGAUCUUUAUCAUGAAGUGGGAGGUGAGCUCGUGUUGACGCCGGACAAGUCCACAGUGCCUGACCCCAUCACAAGCAUCCUAUGGAAGCAUGGGAAGAACAAGGUGGCAGAAUGGGACAAUGAUUUUGGUGGUCUGGACAUCUAUGCUGAAUUUAAAGAGCGUACAACCCUGGACCAAACUACUGGAGAGCUGAAAAUCAGUGGAUUGAUGAGAACAGACAGUGGAGUUUAUUCUGUGGAGUUCAACAGCAAACUGCCUGACAGUACAUAUAAACUGUCUGUUAUCAAGGCAGUUCCCAAACCCAAAAUCACUUCUUCCUGUAACGCCAACCAAACCUCCUGCACUCUGACCUGUGAAGGUGACACCACUGAUGCUGAACCCGUCACCUACAGAUGGAAAGUGGCAGAGGGGGCGUGGGAAGUCGGAGUAGAACAGUUUAAUGUCUUUAAGAGCGACACUGGCCAAUCAAACAACGGUUACAAGUACAUCUGCAAGCUGAAUAAUGCUGUUAGUGGGAAAGGGAAAGUCAGUGAGCCAGUAGGAGAGGUGUUUGGUCCAGAGCCUUCCAGUACCAGUACUAUUGUUGUUGGUGUUGUCAUAUUAGUGCUUAUUAGUGCUUGCGUCAUAACAGGAUUUCUGGUGUGGAAGAAAAAGACAAGUUAUCCCAAAAACACCUGGAUUGACUUUUUGAGAAGGUUUUGUGGUGCAAGGUUUGGGGAUGAUCAGGUCACCAACCGUGGAGCUUCAGGGAUUCUAUCUGGAGUUGCCAUGGAUACAGUUUAUAGCACUGUAGGGGAUAAGUCUUCUAGAGAUUACUCCAGGAAUCAGAAUAAUAACAAUCAUCCCACUAACACAGUUAGAUCCAGUGAUGGAAACAACCAAACCACAGUUAAACUCAGUGAUGGAGUCCAGCCAGAACAAGAGACGGUUAGGCUACUGCCCAUCAAAACAGGGGAUGAUGACACAGACAAAUUGCAGGGGAAUGGAGGCAGUGAUGGAGUCCAGCCAGACCCAGUUGCCAAGUCUAAAACAGAUGGCAGCAUUGCACCAGUGGACGAGGAUGAGUCUAAAACAGAUGGCAGCGCUGCACCAGUGGACGAGGAUGAGUCUAAAACAGAUGGCAGCGCUGCACCAGUGGACGAGGAUGAGUCUAAAACAGAUGGCAGCGCUGCACCAGUGGACGAGGAUGAGUCUAAAACGGAAGGCAGCACUGCACCAGUAGGCGAGGAUGAGUCUAAAACAGAUGGCAGCGCUGCACCAGGGACUGACCUAAACGUAGCUGAAGGAGAGGCAAAAGGAGGGAAAUAUGAUUCCGUAUUGUAGGACGACAGGGAACUGUGGACCAGAGGUACGCAGAGGAUCAUGAAGACAAGAGAACCCACCAUCUCACCUGAGUUACCAGCACUGGACGACAAGGCAUUCUAACGUUCAGAGAAAAUUUCCAUAGCAAUAGACUGGCUUGUUUUCGGUGAAACUAAGGUCCAUUUAUAACAGUCACUUGUCCUUUCUAAACAAGUGUGCUUUAUAAAAACAAGGAGUGGGAAAUGUGUGGCAAUAGUUUGACCCCUAGAAGACCUUUUUGAAAUUGAAAGUAUAGAAAUGCACAACCCCAACAAAGAAGAGCACCUUUAAAGCAUCAUAUUAAAGCUUUGAUUAGAAAUGAAGCAGCAACAAAUUAUAAACCAACUCAAAAUUGGAUGCAAUAAGGCUUUCUUGUGUCAGAUAUAUCCAGCAAUAAGGCUUUCUUGUGUCAGAUAUAUCCAGCAAUAAGGCUUUCUUGUGUCAGAUAUAUCCACCAAUAAGGCUUUCUUGUAUCAGAUAUA